AUGGAAGAGAUACAACAACAAACGCAGAAGGAAGAACAAAAGCACCGUGAAGAAGAAGAGGAGGAAGAGGAAGGUCCGCCUCCGGGAUGGGAAUCUGCAGUUCUUCCUCCUCCAAUCGUCACCAUCACCGCCGCCGUAAACCCCAAUCCCACCACCGUAGAAAUUCCCGAAAAGGCCCAAAUGGUAUGUGGAUCUUGCAGGCGUUUGCUUUCUUAUCUAAGAGGAUCCAAACAUGUUAAGUGCUCCUCUUGUCAGACUGUUAAUCUCGUUCUUGAAGCUAACCAGGUUGGUCAGGUGAAUUGCAACAAUUGCAAACUGCUACUGAUGUAUCCUUAUGGAGCUCCAGCUGUUAGAUGUUCCUCCUGCAAUUCUGUCACAGAUAUCAGUGUAUGUAUUCACAGAUGGUUUUGUGCUCCAUGUCCAAAUCAUACUUGGAAGAGUUGAUACAUUUUGAGAUCCGAGUAAGUAAUCAUCUGAUGAAUCAUUUAUAAUAAACUGUGUUAUAUUUCAGGAAAACAACAAACGACCUCCAUGGUCUGAGCAGCAAGGACCACUCAAAAGUUUAAGCAGUCUCAGGAGAGCAGAGAAUUAAACUUGAACCGAUUUUUGUCAAUUUUGAACCGGUUUGACGACUAAAAACCUUGUAAUAAUGUCGAAGGAUAGAUGAAAUAAAAUCACCAUUAAUAAUCUCAUUGAAUUCCCA